AUGGACCCCGAGUUCGACGAUGUGGUGGCGGUGGAGGAUCUGAUGGUGAGGCCACGCCCCCCCUCCGCGGGUGGACACGCCCCCUUUUUUGGCAGCCACGCCCACCCCCCGUGGACCCCCCGAGUGUCGCGACCCCCGGCCACGCCCCUUCUGCGCCCCCGAAACCGCGCCGGGUUGGCCACGCCCACUCGCCCUCACGUAGCCACGCCCUCUGUGCCCUGGAGCGGCGCUACGCGGCCGAGCGCCAGCAGGGGGCGCGCUGCUCCCGGUGAGUGGGGCGGGCUAACCUGGGGCCUGGUGCGGAGCCGCUACCGGGAGGACACGGCCCGCGGGGUGGCGCUGCUCUCCGAGCUGCUGCCCGAGACGCCCCCGGAGGAGCAGCGCGACGUCCUGUUCUACCUGGCCCUGGGCUGCUACCGGCUCAAGGAGUACGAGCGCGCCCUGGAGCACCUGGAGCGCCUCCUGGCGGCCGAGCCGCAGAACGCGCAGGUGCUGAGGCUGCGGAGCCGCGUGCGGAGCCGCCUGAGGAGGGACGGGCUGGUGGGCGCGGCCAUCGUCGGGGGCGUGGUCAUGGGCGUGGCCGGGCUGCUGGGCGUGGCCAUCGCGCGCUCCCGGCACUGACCACGCCCCCACCCGCGGGGGUGGGGGUGGGCGGGGCCUGCGCGGUGACGCCGCGGAGAUUACGUCAGGGCGCUGCGGAGUGACGUCAUGACUCGCGACUCGCGGUGACGUCAGAGCCACCGCCCCCCCCCCAGUGCCUUGGGGACCCCCCCCGGGUGUCCCCCAGCCCCUCCCCCACCCCGCACUGACC